AUGUCCUACUCCAACAAUUCACCUCGACCCCAUCCUGCCUACAACUUCGAUCAACAGAUACCGGUCAACUCCAUCACUGGACACCAAGGAAAUUACCCAGACUCAUACUUUGAAAGAUUGGUCAAAGCGAGACAAGCCGGGCCUUAUACAUCUUCUUCUCAAGUCUGCGACAAGUACUACACCAGCACAUCCUACAAUACCGUCGUAGGGUCAGGUUCAGGCGACAUGACUGCUUUAACGAUGCUACCACCCAAUCCCAACCAUGCUAUGAUGAAGAACAUGCAUCAGGAAAUGCCUAGGGGAGUCGCGGAAUAUCGUCAUCAACCGCCAUUGGGAGGGCAAUCCGCUGCCAUGACUCCGGUAACAAAUCAACCUCCUAAGGCUGCUUCUACUUCAACGUUGAUCCCUGCCAAUACCGCGUCUCGCACAUCGCGCUUCAAGCAACUUUUAGAUAAAAAACUCGCGGCAGAACAAAACGCUCAAAGUGUCUCACCAUUGCCUCCCAUCGUCUUCAAGGGGGAUGAACAUCUCAUAUUGUCUCGAAAUAGUAUGGCGGAGCAAGGAACCAAUACUGUAUUUCAUAGAGAAUUCAUUAGUAGGCAAUAUUCCCAAUCCGGACUCCAGCAGAUGGAAGUUGAUCAGACGCCCAUAGAAAAAAUGGACCGACCGCAACAACAACAACAACAACAACAAGCUGCUUCUCAUCCACAAGCAUAUUAUCAAGACGCAUACAACCAGUACCCCGCAUAUGCAGCCAGGCCAAGCGUUAUGCCAGGGUCGACGAUCUUUCAACCCAAACAAGAGUUCCCUCACGAAUCGAAUGCGAAAAUCUCUCCUCCUCCUGUUAUUCCCUACUCCUCUCCGAUCACAUCUGCGACUCCUACAGUGCAGCAAGACUCUUUAGUGAACACUCAACGCAAUUCAUGGAACAAUGCUCUCCAUUCGAGUAAUAAUGGGAUUUAUCCUCAUUCUCUACCAACCUCAUCCACGAUUGCAAUCCCCGUGCAAAGUAAUUCUACUCGUCAUGGUGCCAACCAGCAAAUACAGUGGGGGAACGUCAGUAUGAAUGGUUGGAUGCCUUCUUCGGCUCCAUUGGCUCCUUCAACUCAACAAACUCAAACGCUUCGAGCUGCCCCUCAAUUCGCGUGGAAUAUUUCGGAGACAAGAUCACUCGUCGGAGAAUCGGCCUAUCUUCCUUCAAGAUCCCUGGACUGUUCGAUGGAGGCCUCUCCAACGAUACCUGUCUCUGCCUCAGGACCCGCCCCUUGUCCUUCACCUGGAUUUAUUCCUGGGUCAUCACCAUACAAUCAAGGCAAUUACCCAUUGCCCUAUACCGCUGUCAAGAUCGAACCUGGGACCUCUCAUCUGGCACUACCGUUCUCGUCCCAUUCUCUAUCUACGACUCCGAGUUCUUCGAGCGGUUAUGAGAAUUCACCUUUACUAGAAUACGGACCUAGAAUGUUCACUAACAUGAAUGGGAGCUUCCAACUCCCUGGUUCAGCAAUGUAUAUGGCCUCCACAAACGGUGGGGAUCCAUCCAACUUAGCCAAUGGGAUGGCGGACGGUGGUGCUGGAGGUUCAUCCGGCGAGAGCGGAGGAAAUGGCUGGGCGAAUGGGAAUGGGAAUGGAAAUGGAAAUGGUGAAGCUUCUGGAUCAGGCUCGGGUUCGGGUCGGAGCAGUGGCGAUGGUGAUAAUGGUUCAGGAGGUAAUGAUGGGGACGAUGAUGGUAGGAAUGGUGACGAUGGAACUCCCAGAAGAGGCAAGAAAUUGACUUUAGCCUGUCAUUUCUGCCGUCGAAGAAAACUCAAGUGUAAUGGAGCUCAACCACGCUGCGAUAAUUGCACCAAACGAAACGAGGUUUGCACAUGGGACAAUUCGGUUCGUCGAAGAGGAGCAGGGAAAGCUACCAAAGAACGAAGAGAAAAAGCCGCCAAGGAAGCUACCGAUGCAGGAUUAACCAAUUCAGAUUCUAUGGGUACAAUGCCAUUGCAUCCUGCAGAUGGAGAUAUCGCAGACCCUCAUUCUGGGAUGUUAGGCAGCGGCGAAGAAAUGGGACAAUUACCUAUAGCAGAUGCGUUGAGUUCUUUGCCUGGACUAGAAAACGAGGAACAUAGAAUGCAACAAGCGCAUUCUGGGAUAAUUGAUCACAAUGCUGUCUACUCUGAUAUGCCGAUCGACCCUGCCUUGGCUGCAUUGACAGCUGCGAUUCCUUCGACUCUAGCGGAAUUGGAACAACCCAAAUUGAAAGGUGGGAAAAGAAGGUCAGAAAUAGAUACAGGCAUUGAGCCUGAAGAGAAACGGAUGAAAAUAAUAGGACCGGGGGAUGGACAAGAAAGCUUAGACGGUUUGGGUGGUGGAAAUCCAACUUACGGUAUCAUUGGAAAGAGCGAUAUGUAUCAAGAAUAG